AUGCCGUACAACAUUGCCAUGGUAUCGGACUUCUUCUAUCCGCAACCGGGUGGGGUGGAAUUGCAUGUCUACCAAUUGUCUCAACGACUCAAACAACGUGGCCACUCGGUAGUCAUCAUCACACACGCAUACGACAGCCGAACAGGAGUGCGGAUCCUCACCAACGGAAUUAAGGUGUACUACGUGCCGUUUUUCGUGCUCUAUCGAAACUCCACCUUUCCCUCAGUCUUCUCUGCAUUCCCUAUUCUUCGAAACAUCUUCAUUCGCGAAAAUAUUGACAUUGUGCACGGCCAUGGAUCUCUCUCGUCUCUGUGCCAUGAAGCCAUUUUGCAUGCAAGAACCAUGGGCAUGAAGACCGUGUUUACAGACCACUCUUUGUUUGGUUUUGCUGACGCGGGAAGCAUCGCUGGAAACAAGGCUCUGAAAUUCACACUGUCUGAUGUUGGCCAUGUAAUCUGCGUGUCUCACACCUGCAAGGAAAACACAGUGUUGCGAGCAUCUCUGGACCCUUCAAUUGUCAGUGUCAUUCCCAACGCCGUCGUCUCUAAAGCAUUCACCCCUGAUCCAACCAGAGCAGACCCCAAUUACAUCACCAUUGUUGUCAUAUCACGUCUCUACCCUAAUAAAGGAGCCGAUCUGCUCACCGUCAUCAUCCCACGAAUCUGCGCACUCCACCCACGCGUUAAGUUCCUCAUUGCAGGUUCAGGACCCAAGGAAAUCGAUCUGCAGCAAAUGAGAGAACGAUACAGACUGCAGGAGCGAGUCGAGCUGAUUGGUAGCAUUCGACACGAAGAAGUGCGUGAUCUCAUGGUCACAGGAAACAUUUAUUUGCAUCCAACUCUGACGGAGGCCUUUGGAACCGUCAUUGUUGAGGCCGCUAGUUGUGGUCUACUUGUGGUCACUACAGACGUUGGUGGCAUUCCAGAGGUGCUGCCCUCGCACAUGACAGUAUUUGCCAGCCCCUCGGAAGACUCACUGGUGGACUCGACUAUGAAAGCGAUUGCGAUCUUGGAGAAGAAGGAGGUCGACCCAACCACUUUUUACAACGAAAUCAAGGGCAUGUACAAGUGGUCGGAGGUCGCAAGGAGAACUGAAAAGGUCUACGACUCAAUCAAUGAGGAAUCGUUGAAUGAGCCACUGUUGGACCGACUGGCAAAGUUCUAUGCGUGCGGGGAAUGGGCUGGAAAACUCUUUGUCAUUUGCGUAUGCGUCGAUGUUAUGUUAUAUGCUAUACUGGAGUUGUUUUGGCCUAGACACACCAUUGACCGAGUAAAACCUUGGCCUCGAGUCAAGUCUGGAGAAUAA